AAAAAGAAAUUUUAGAAAAUCAAAAAAACGCUAGUUUUGAAUAUGAAAGCCCAAAGUUUAGCGAGUUAAGUUCAAAAUUAAGAAUUGAUUCUGGUUACUAUUGCUAUGACUAUAAACGAAAACAAUUCCUGAUUUCUAAUUAUAAAAAUGGGGCAAGAUUAAUUGAUGAAUGGGGAUUUAACAUGAAAAGAGGGCAAAACUUACAAGAAAGCCAAAUUGGAAAAAGUAUUAAUUCAACUAAGCCUAAAGUAAAUUUUUACACAGUAAUAAGACCAACCGACUUUUCGGAACUGGGGACAGUCAAAAAAAUUGAGUAUUUAGGAAAUCCUAAAAAGUUAAAAACCCUAAAAAAAGGUGAUAUUGUAUUUACAGCCACUGGAACAAUUGGAAAAUGUAUUCUGUUUGAUGAUCCAAAAGAAAAUUGA